CUUUAUAAAGCUGUUGGAAAGAAGCAUUGUUCACAACUUCUUGUGCAGGGCGAUUGCGAGGGCAAGCUCGUGUUCACAGAGGGUAGUCAGGCUACAGGACUAGUACUCUCUGCAACGGCACUCUGGACACAACUGAGCGACCCGAAAAUUCAUCAGUAAACAUGGGCCUUGCAAAACUCUUUGUUGUAAUCGCUUUCUCUUUUUCAUCGUGUGCUGCGAUGGAAUACAGGACCGAUGUUCCAUGUGACUUCACAAACAUCCAUCUAGACGAUGACAUGUUUUCCAAGCUGCUGGUCAAGCUUCCAGAAGGUCUUGAGUACGGCCCACAGAGGUUCCACUCUCUCCUCCCAGGAGUUGAUGUCGGCGCAAUGACUGUGCGUGGCCUGAGCAAACUGCGCCAGUUCGGGCCCCCAAUUCCUUACUGCGCCCACGGAAGGCGCAUGGUGCAAGUCGACUUCUACAAUGUUGAACCUAUAGAAUUCGCCUCGCCAUGGAAGACUUGCUCAGGCCAACAAGGAGAGUUAGCUCUUCGCUCCAUGUUCUUGCGGUUCACAGCGCAAUUUGCCAUUGUCGAGUCCUCUGGUCAAGGAUUCAAGCUGGAAUUCGAGCGUGCACUACCUGUUACAACGCAGAACAUCCGCGUUGUUGUCACAGGUAUGGGGCAUAUUGUGCUCGAUGCUGUUAAAACACUGAGCGCACUCCUACCAAGUGUUCUUGAAGAAGCUUGGAACAGGCAAUUUUCGCAUACUCUUGCCAGGGCCUUCUAUAUGCCCCGUGAGUGAAAUAUUCACAAUAAAGAAUGUUGGUGUCGCCACAGCGAAACUUAACUUGAAAUCCAAAAUACACUGUCUUGUAAUCGUGUCGCUUUAUCUUAUUUCAAGAAACCUAAUAAAAUCACUUUCGUUUCAGGA